GGACGUAGGUCGGUGAUUGGGAAUCGAUUUAUUGGUUUUAAGGGCGCAUGUGUGGAAUAAUUUAAACACAAUUUAAAAAUUUUAAAGCAAUUUAUUACUCUGUGCUUUUUUCUAGUAUCUCACAUUUAUUUUGUGAUCGUCGUGUUAAGUUCUGUUGACAAUGGCAGGUGUUAAUGACAAUGACAAUAGACACUUAUGAGAGGUAUUUUUCAUUGGCGAAGGAGCCCCACGGUGGCGACAAUUUCGAUUAACUCUAUUAAAAAUUCGACAAAGGGGGCAAACUUGAAUUUCCUUGUAAAUUGUUCAUAUGGCCUUGAGGAGAUGGUUCGAUCCCCGACAGACGUCUCCCACCUGUCAAAAAUCUGUCAGCGAAAAAACAUAAACACGCCAGUUGAGUUUUUAAUCAGCUAGUGUCAGGUCAUGCUAGAAAUCGUUCUAAUUAUAAUUUAACAGUGUCACACGUGAGCUGCACACUAAAAUCCCCGUGUACCAAUCGGAAUUCAAAGGUCAAACCAAUUACCCGAAGACCAUCAAGUGGGCAUCGAUUGCCGACAGUCGAACCUUUUCCGCCGCCGCCUCCGUUCGAUGUGACACUUUCCGCCAGCCCCCAUGGUCCACUUCUCGGCAAGUAUGGGCCAGAAUUCGAGUCUCCCCAAGCCCGGGCGCCGAAAAUCCCUGCGGUCGUUCCAGCGUAAGUCCCACAACCACGCCAACCUGAGCCACACUUUCACUCUCAACGACAACCACGACAAAGUCGAGCUCCUCAACAUCAACCAAGCCAGCGAGGAGGAGCUCAUGACGCUCCCGGGGGUGAGUCGAGAGACGGCCCGGAGUAUAGUGGAGCACCGGAAGGCCAUCGGCCGAUUCCGGAAGGUGGAGGACCUGGCCCUCGUUCGCGGCAUCGGCGCCGACAAGCUCGAGCUCCUAAGACCGGAGAUUUGCGUCUCGAGUCGUAGGAAUCUGAGCUGUGCCUCCUCGAGGGCCCAGAGCUACGACAGUCUCAGGAGCGCCGAUUCGAGGCUCACGGUCAAAAGUAAUAGACUUGUAAAUGUGAACAAAGCCAGUGUUUUCGAACUGCAGUGCGUGCAUGGGAUUACGCAGGAGAUUGCAGCUGCCAUUGUGCACUAUAGGGACAAGAAGGGGCCCUUCAAGCAGGUUGAGGAUCUGCUCAAAAUCAAAUCAAUCGACCGAAUCCGUCUUGAUAACAUCAGUCGGUUUCUGACUGUUGAAAACUCCGACCUAGAAGACACCGACGUUGAGAACCCCCGUUCUAGCAUUCUCACAAACGGCUUCCACCAUUCCGUCAACGAGAAAAAAAUUACAAAUGGGGGGCCCUUAAAACUUCCCGUUUUGAACGGUUUAUCGUCGUCUUCGCUUUUCGACAUUUUCGAGCUCUUGUCGGCUUAUUCUCCCCGACCGACUGGUCAGGAAAUUUUCAAUUUCACGCGGAAAGGAGAGCCAGCGAUACGAAUCGGAGUAUGGAAUUUGCACGAAUUUACAUUUGAGAAAGCUAACAAUCCCGGAGUUAGGGAAGUCGUGUGUCGGACGAUUUUGGAGAACGGACUAUCGAUAUUAGCCGUCCAAGAGGUAGUUAAUGUCACAGCAAUGAAAUUAAUUUGUGAUGAGCUCAACAAGCCAAGGUUGAGACGAGUCAACGAGUGGAAAGAUAAAAACCAUAACUGGAAUUUUUGUAUGCUGGAUGUAGAUGGGUCCCAGUUAGGUUUUAUCUAUGACUCAGAUGGAGUGAUUGAUAUUGAACUGAUAUCACUGAACCAAGGUCCACAAGAAACAAGCGAUGACUGCGAAGUUCUCAUAGCAAGUUUCAAAGUCGGCGAUUUAGACUUACAACUAGUUAACAUGAAACUAAACAAAAAGGCGAAACUGGACGUGUUGCAGGAAAAAAUAAAAGAUCUAAUUUCCGAAGAAGACAUGCUUUUAUUGUUUGUAGACUUUUCAGCUAUUCCUAACAUAACAGACGACUGGUUGACAAUCGGGGGUCUCCAAGCAGCCUUUCCGAGUUCGAUGAACACGAGUUAUUUGCGAUCGAAGUUGGGUUUAAAACCACAACACAUAUCAAAUAUUUUAUGUAACAACAAAAUCCAAGGGCAAGUUACGGGUAUUAAUGGGGUGGUACAGCAAGGUUUGACCCAUUUGGCCAUUCCCAAUGGGUGGAAUUGGGGCGGACCGGCGUCUCCUUUUUGCCCCGUCUGGAUGGAAUUGUUUCUAAACCCCAAUUCUGGGACGGCGUUGUGAUAUUAUCUUAUUUUGUAUUUAAUUUUAUUUAUUUUUGACUGGGUAUACUUCACGUAAAUUUUACAAAUUUAUGGCUGUGUGUCGGACGGUUUUAUUUCUAAGCUUUAAAGACAAAUAUGUGGGGGCACAGAUGAUUUUAUUUUGAAAUUGUGUUUUUGUUCAGAAAUUUUCAAAAAAAUUAGCGGGCGAAUUUUGCAAUAAAGGGCCCCGAUUUCGUACUCCCUGUACUGUAACAACUUAGUCUUGUAUUUGUAAUUAUUUAAUAAAUAUUAUUUUAUUAA